UUAUUAAAUUACAUUUAAGUCAUUUGAAAUAAUAGUAAAAUAAUAAUAGUGUAUUUUUUGUUUUAUUUUAAUUGCUAUUUUGAAUAGUAAAAGUGAUAAUGUGUUAUAAGUCGAUUUUGCGUGGGUUUAGUGCCGCGAAAGUUAUUGGCUUUCAAAGAAGAUGCUUUUCUGUACAUGGAGUUACAUUGAGUGGCUUGAACGUCGACAAGAGAACAUUAGCGAGUGCUGAACGAAAACAAAGGACGUUCACAGACAGAUCUCAGCUGAAGUAUGCGAGGAGACUGGUGGUCAAGCUCGGCAGUGCUGUCAUCACUAGAGAAGAUGGCAACGGACUGGCUUUGGGGAGACUUGCCUCUAUUGUUGAACAGGUAGCAGAAUGCCACCAUGAAGGUCGUGAAUGCAUCAUGGUGACGAGCGGAGCGGUGGCGUUUGGAAGACAGAAGCUGACACAAGAACUCCUUAUGUCCCUCUCUAUGAGAGAAACGCUAUCCCCGAGCGAUCACACCAGAGAGGAUGCCGGCAGUAUCCUGGACCCCAGAGCAGCGGCUGCCGUGGGCCAGUCGGAGCUGAUGUCCAUGUAUGACGCCAUGUUCUCACAGUACAACGUCAAGAUUGCUCAGGUUCUCGUGACGAAACCGGAUUUCUAUAACGAGGAGACGAGAAAGAACUUAUUCUGCACAUUAUCGGAAUUGAUAUCGCUGAAUAUAGUGCCCAUUGUCAACACUAACGACGCUGUCAGCCCACCCAUGUAUAUCCAUGAUGACACUGUGGUACCAGGAACAGGGAAAAAGGGUAUAGGUAUUAAAGAUAACGACAGCCUGUCAGCACUGCUAGCUGCUGAGAUCCAAUCAGACCUGCUCAUCAUGAUGUCAGAUGUCGAUGGAAUCUACAACAAGCCUCCUUGGGAAGAUGGCGCAAGAAUGAUACAUACUUACACGUCCAAGGAAAGAGAUCAAGUGCAGUUUGGCCAAAAAUCGAAGGUAGGUACUGGUGGUAUGGAUUCCAAAGUGAAUGCUGCAACCUGGGCCAUGGCUCGUGGUGUAAGCGUGGUCAUCUGCAACGGCAUGCAAGAGAAGGCCAUCAAGACCAUCAUUAGUGGAAGAAAAGUUGGCACAUUCUUCACUGACUGUGUCACAACUCCCGCUACAUCUACUUCUGUUGAUGUUUUGGCUGAAAAUGCAAGAACUGGCAGUCGAGUUCUACAAAGACUAACUCCAUCAGAAAGAGCAUCAGCAAUCCACUCCUUAGCAGAUUUAUUAGUUGCCAAACAAGAUGAAAUAUUAGAAGCCAACUCAAAGGAUUUAGAAGAAGCAACCAAGAGUGGGCUCGCUAAGCCAUUGUUGAGCAGGUUAUCUCUAAGUCCUAGCAAAUUGAAAACUCUAUCCAUUGGCCUCAAGCAGAUUGCUGACUCAAGUUACGAGAAUGUAGGCAAGGUCUUAAGAAAGACUAAGUUAGCUGAGAAUCUAGUUUUACAGCAAGUAUCAGUCCCCAUUGGUGUUCUAUUAGUUAUAUUUGAGUCCAGACCUGAUUCACUGCCUCAGGUAGCUGCCUUAGCUAUGGCGUCUGCGAACGGUCUUCUAUUGAAGGGAGGUAAGGAAGCUGCUCACUCGAACAAAGCUCUCAUGGCGUUAGUUAAAGAAUCUCUUAAAGGAGUUGGUGCUGAUGACGCCAUAUCUCUGGUUUCAACAAGGGAAGAAAUCAGCGACCUUCUCUCUAUGGAGAAGCAUAUCGACUUGAUUAUUCCCAGAGGCUCCUCAGACUUAGUAAGAAAUAUUCAGAAGCAGUCCCAACACAUUCCCGUUCUUGGUCACGCUGAAGGCAUUUGCCACGUUUACUUAGACAAAGAUGCUGACCCAGCUAAGGCAUUGAAGAUAGUUCGUGAUGCGAAGUGUGAUUACCCAGCUGCUUGCAACGCUAUGGAAACUUUACUGAUUCACGAAGAUCAUCUUAGUGGUGAACUGUUUAAUGAUAUCUGCAAUAUGUUGAAGAAAGAAGGAGUUAAGAUACAUGCUGGUCCGAAGCUGGCUAGUCAGUUGACGUUUGGCCCACCUCCCGCAAGGAGUAUGAAGUUUGAAUAUGGAGCCCUUGAAUGUUGUAUUGAAGUUGUUAAAGAUAUGGAUGAAGCUGUCGACCAUAUUCAUAAAUUCGGAAGCUCACAUACUGAUGUCAUUGUGACUGAGAAUGAUGCCGCAGCGAAACACUUCGUGAGAUCAGUGGACAGCGCGUGCGUGUUCCACAACGUAUCGUCGCGUUUCGCCGACGGCUUCCGCUUCGGGCUCGGCGCUGAAGUUGGUAUCUCCACCGCGAGGAUACACGCUAGAGGACCCGUUGGAGUAGAAGGCUUGCUGACCACAAAAUGGAUCCUAGAAGGCACAGACCACACAGCCGCUGAAUUCAACGAAGGCAAGAGGACCUGGCUCCAUGAAACCCUUCCCGUGAAUUGACUAAAUGACCCUAACAUAAACGAACCUUCGAAAGAAUUCGAAAUUCAAAAUGAAACGAAGACUCUUUGGUCGAGAAUCAAAGAGUACUUUUAUAAAAAAAAAACAUAGGUUAAAUAAAAAAAGAUAGUUUUUAAAAAUAGUUUUAAGUGUAAGUUUAAUAUUUUUUGUAUAGAUAUAUGUAGAAAAAUGGAAAUGACAGUAAUGAAGUUUGUUAACUAAAGUUGUUGAAGUGAGUUGUAAAAACAGAUCGAUUAAUAAAAUUAUUUUUUUA